AGGAGAACCCAUGAAGACAUCACCCCGGGAGAGCCGGUGCGUGCUGACGUCACUGCGCCCGCACCCGGUCUGCUGACACCCAGCCGGUGCUGAGGGAAGCGAUGCCACGGCCGUGGUGUCAGGGCCCGCCCUCGGGGCAGAAAUAUAGCAGACCAAAGCUAGACCUUUUGUUUGUCAGACGAUUCUGCCAUAUCCAGGCAAUCCUGUUCCCAUCUUGGUCAUCUCAGAGUGUUCUGAUGUUUACUACGUUGCUGCUUGUUGCUCUCCUCGAGCAGCUGGUAGUCUAUCAGGUAGGAAUUAUUCCAAGCCACUUCUUCAAGGUUCUGGGUGAGAAAGAUGUUGUUGGCUUCAGACAAGUCACUAUUGUAGCCAUCUGCCUCAUUGUGGCCAACUCUCUGUUGAAGAGCUUUGAUCAGUUCAUCUCGAGUUUGAUGUAUGUGCAAUGGAGACAGAGUCUGACCAUGGACCUCCACAAGGCCUACUUCAGGAAGAAAGUCUACUACACCCUUAACGUACUCCAUGCUGAGUUGGAUAAUCCGGAUCAGCGUAUCAGCCAAGAUGUGGAGAGGUUCUGCCAAGGAAUGAAGAAAAUGGCCAGCAACCUCAUCAUCUCACCAUUCACCCUGGCGUAUUACACCUACCAGUGCUUUUCCAGUACAGGCUGGCUGGGUCCAAUCAGCAUCUUCAUUUAUUUUCUCAUUGGUUCAGUAAUCAAUAAGAUUCUAAUGGAACCGAUCGUCUCAACCCUUGUCCAGCAGGAGAAGCUGGAGGGAGACUUCAGGUUCAAGCACAUGCAGAUCCGUAUUAAUGCCGAGUCAGCUGCAUUCUACAGAGCAGGAAGCGUGGAGCUCAUGAGGACGAACUGGAAACUGCAGGACCUACUGCAAACACAGAGGGAGCUGAUGAAGAGGGAACUGUGGCUGUACAUUGGGGUGAACAUUUUUGAUUACCUGGGCAGUAUCAUCAGCUACAUCAUCAUAGCAAUUCCCAUCUUUGGUGGACAGUACAAUGGUCUUGCUCCUGCAGUCCUUGUCGAGUUGAUCAGUAAGAAUGCCUUUGUAUCCAUCUAUCUGAUACACUGCUUCAGCCAGCUCAUCGACCUCUCAACAACCGUGUCUGACCUCGCAGGCUAUACACACAGAAUUGGAGAGCUGCUAGAGAUGAUCCUCAAACUCUCCAAAUCAUGUUGCACGAGCAGACAGCCAUCAUGCAAAGAAUUGUGGGGUUUUGAAAAGGACAGUUUAGAUUCAGAAGGGGAGGACAAGGAAGAGUCUGGUGACAUAGCCUUUAAUCUGGAACAGGUUUCCUUUACUGCGCUGUCCUCCAAGGAGUUGCUGGUGAAAAACCUAACCCUGACGGUCUCUGCAGGGCACAACCUCUUGGUAACAGGCAACACCGGCUCUGGAAAGACCACUCUGUUACGGGUCCUGAACAGAUUAUGGGAGACUGCCCAUGGGUCUGUCCGCAUGCUGACUUCCUUUGGGCCCCGUGGAGUUAUGUUUCUUCCCCAGAAACCAUACUUCACUGAUGGAACCCUACGAGAACAGGUGAUUUAUCCUUUGAAGGAAAUCUACCCGAUUACAGGUUUGCCGGAUGAUGAGAGAAUCAUCCACUUCUUAACAGUGACUGGAUUGGGGUCACUACUGAAGAGGACCGGUGGACUGGACGAGAGAGUGGAUUGGAACUGGUACGACGUGCUGUCUCCCGGAGAAAUGCAGAGAUUGUGCUUCGCUCGACUCUUUUAUCACCAGCCCAAAUAUGCAGUGUUGGAUGAAGCUACAAGUGCAUUGACAGAGGAGACAGAAGGAGAGCUGUACCACACCUGCAAGCAGUUGGGUAUGACUGUCGUCAGUGUGGGUCACCGCAGCAGCUUGGAGAAGCACCAUGACUCCAUGUUAUUCCUGUUCGGAGAUGGAAAGUGGGAGCUGACUGAAAUCCACUAAACACACGUGAAAGAUAACAUGGCUGUGCUCACACUCAUUCCAGCUGCUGCUCGUGAUUCCACAAGCUGGACGAAGAUGAUGAGGAAGUUUCGGCAGUGUGGCCAGACUCUUCAACUCUACCUCAUGUUUCCUUCUCCUCAUGGUUAUGUUUUCCUGGAGCAAGGUUUUUAAUAAUUAAUAAUUUUAAUAAUUAAUUUUGAUGAUCUUAGAGCCAAAACAAAAUCAGUGUCGACAGAUGAUCGACUGCAGCUAUGGGAUGUGGACUCUACAACAUGGCUACGCGGCUGUUCUGUAGCUUUAAUUUACAGUUGACAGUCCAUCCAGUGAUAAUGAUUCUAUCCCAGCUGCUAAAAACAGAACAAUGCUGUUUCUUAAUGACAACAAUAACUGCUUCAUAUUUUUAAUGCAAAUCUUUUCUGACUGCUGUAAAGAUUAUUUUUUAAAACAAUGAUCUGUCCCAUCUUGCUGUGCAAUCUCAAUUAGGAUCAGCAGAACGAAGAAAUCAAACCAGGGACUUCUGGCUUGUGUAUCAUUGUCUUGCAACUGAGCAAGCGACACGAGGCUGGGCACUAAUUUGUAGUCGAUCACUGUGUCAUUGCAGAGGGUCUGAACUCCUAAACUCUGGUGCUAUAAAAUUCAUUAGCUUUCUUCAGAGUGAAUUGUCUCUGGAGUGCAGCCAGCUACAGUAUCGGCCCAAUGCACUGGAGCUACUGGGCAUGUAGUGAACAUCCUGUACAACUGAGCAUCAACGUCUUCCCCAGAUGCUGUUUCUUCUGGCACCAAAUUCUCCCUAUUCCAGCUUUAUUGCUGUCUGUUGCACUGGUUCUCAUGUAGGUAGCUCAGAAGAUUAUAUAACUGGCUUUGGCAAACCACAGCACUCUUCAAGAAUUCAGUUUGUAGCUUGGACAAGGAUAGGUGGCAUAUUUUAAUCCAUGGUUUUUAGAUGUGGGGGAAAAUCAAAAUGGCCCUAACUUAAGGCCCAUUGAAUGACAGCACGCAUAGAAGAGAUGGUCUGUGAAGGAACACUGGAGAAAGCUGAACAAUACAUUCCAUGGUGUGGAGGUGGGGUGCUGGACUGGGGUGGCAAAAUCAGAAGUCACACAACAGGCUACAUUCUGACAGGUUUACUUGAAAUCACAAGCUUUUGGCACUCUGUGUCUUUGUCAGGUGAAGAUUCAGUAUCAGUAUCUUCUAAUCCUUCACCUGAUGAAGGAGAGUGCUCCAAAAGCCCUUGAAAUCUAAAACAAACCUAUUGGACUAUAACCUUGUGUUGUGUGACUUCUGAUUGCUUCCCAAAAAGGUUUAAUGGGACCUCAGUGAAGUACUUGGAGCCUGAAUGAGUGCAGAGUAUGUGAUCCUGAAAUAUUACCCUCAGACUAGCAGAAUCAGAAGACGUAAGUUUAAAGUAAAUCUAAAAUGCAGUUUAGCAAAGAUGUCUUCACUCACUGAAUAAUAAUCUUGUGCAAUGUUGUGAAAGAUAAGAUCUUCCAGGCCAUUUAAAGAGAAGCGUGGUGCUAGAAGGACUCAUAGAUCGAGUUGAACAGGUUUCCCUAAUUCUUCAGAAUUCUGAAGCAAAUCACACCGGACUGGAAACAUAAACACUGUUUUUCUCUAUAGAUACUGCCAGACGUGCUGGGUAUCUCCAGCACUUUUAGUUUUUAUUUCAGAUUUCUGACAACUGCAGUAUUCUGCUUUUAUUUCCUACUGCUUGACCCGUGUGAAUGCUGUGGUGAGAGGAAAGCGAACCAGUUCUAAAAGCACCUGGAAAUUGAGAGCUGUAAUUGAUGGAAUAUAGUAUUUUCAGAGUAUUCUAAUUCUUCUUCAGUUUUCUGAUGAAUCAGUGCCUCCACAAUUUUGCUGAACAUGUGAAUUUCUCAAAGUGAAAUAUCUUUGUUUGAUAAUGAAAUACUCUUUCUACUUACCCUCCACUGGGACGCUGAUUAAAUGUCAAGUAAAUGUCCCUAUUCUCCACCAGUGAAUGUGUGAAUUACCUCCUGCUGUCAGAACACACAUAAAACUGAAAGUGUUGGUGAAACUUGAACAGUCAUGGACCUCAAUGUUUUCCGUUUUUCCUCUCUUAACAGAAGGUGCCAGAUCUGCUGAGUUUCUCUUGUAGUUUUUAUUUUCAGAUCUUGAAUGUCCACGUUUUUUGGUUUCUUCAGAACCACAUAGCCUGCUUGGUCUUGAAUAUUCACAUAUCUCAGUGACUGUGUUCAAUGUCUAAUUUAGUGAAGGUUCUACUAAUGUGUUACUGUGAUUUUGUGAGUUUACAGAGAAUGGGGUAAGUGCCACAAAGCAGGGUAUUGUGUGCACAGUGAAUACCAUCAGAACCAGAAGCUCUAGGUUCAUAUCCCACCCAGAACUCAGAGUCCAAGGGAAGUGUAUUUACAAUGUAACUACUGGUUAAGUAUCAACCUGCAAACCCUUGCAACAUUUAGCUUUAAGAUCUGGAUCAGCUGUGUGAAGGAAAGGACAUUGGACCUACAGCUCCAGCCAACAACAUGUAUGCCAAAGUAUAUGCUGCCCCAGAAACUUUGUGUUGCAGUGAAUUCUAGUGUAUCACCAGCAUAUGUAUUACAAACAUCUGGGAGGCAGUAAGUCAGAGGAGACAUUCAGACCUGCCAUGUGUGAGCAUGGCCACUGCCUCUGUGGGUCUCGUGAUCACCAAUACAGACAUUCAAGACUCCAUUACAAGCUUUGAACUUUGCAAAGAUAACUUCAGGCUGAGCUGCAGUUGGACACAGCAUCUAGCAAAGGUUUUCAUUCUCAACUCCUGACCAACUACUAUUACGGUCUCCUGCCCUUCUCCAAUGACCAGUGCUGUAAAAUGCACUAGAUUGUUUCUUCAGUGAGGAUUGGUUUACGAAUGUCUGUUGGCAUUCACAAUCCAGAGCUCGUUGCUAGUCAGUGAUAAUCAAGGGUGAAUCUUUUUGAGUCACUAUCUUCAGAGGAACAGAUUAGAUAGGAAGACAUGACAUGAAGAGAAUGAGAUUGCUGGCAUUCCAAUUUUGACUACAGUGUUAGAGUAUAUAACAUGAAAUCUUCUAAGUGCCUGAUAGUGAAUCUCUAAUCAUGUUAUAUGCUUUAAAUGAUUAAAAAAAUCACAAGUAUCAAUCGUGUUGUGUUUCUUUGAUUUCUUUUAAUGCAUUUUCAAAAUGUUGACAUUAAAAAAGGCAAUUAAUUUAAA